UUUGCUAGUCUUCAAAAACAAAUAUAAAGAACAAGAAUGCUUCUCACCUCACCUAUCGCUUCCGUUUCAUGCUUUUUAGUUUCUUUCUUACAGGCUCACGAUUUUCGCAGAGCCUCUUUCCCAUAACACAGUUUUUACAAUCACAAUACAGUACACACCAAAACAAACGAAGAAUCUCAAAUGAGCAAAUAUGAGAAGGCCAUUGAAACAACCACACAAGAAUGAAGAAAACCUUUUCGAAGAAUUACCAGAUGAUGUCGUCGUCUUCAUUCUCACGAAGCUCAGUUCAACCGCCUCUUCAUCUUCCCAUUUUCUCAACAUUCUCUCUACAUGCAAGAGAUUCAAACAGUUGGGUCUUCAUCCUUUGGUUUUAUCGAAAGCGGGGUCAAGAGUUCUUUUUGUUCACCCCAAAAAAUGGUGCGAUAGCUCUCACCGUUUUCUUAAACGCUGUGUUGACGCCGGUAGCGUGGAGGCUUUUUAUACUCUUGGAAUGAUCCGAUUUUAUUGUCUUCAAAAUCGAAAGAGUGGACUAUCCCUAAUUGCGAAGGCGGCAAUGAUGAUGCACGCGCCGGCGCUUUACUCACUUGCUGUGAUUCAGUUCAACGGAAGCGGUGGCUCUAAGCACGACAAAGAUCUACGCGCUGGAGCGGCACUCUCUGCACGCGCUUCGAUGCUCGGCCACAUCGACGCGCUUCGGGAGUUUGGCCAUUGUCUUCAAGAUGGUUACGGAGUGAAACAGAAUGUUACCGAAGGACGACGGUUGUUGGUGCAGGCUAACAUCAGAGAACUCUUACUGGUGCUACGGGCUAUUGCGGCGGAUUCGCCUUCACGCGCUGGUUUCUGUCAGGAAACGUUGCGGAGUCUGAAAAACAUGGCUGUGCCGAUGAUAAGUAAUAACGACGAAAACGGUUACAACGUGACGGUGCCGGAGGUGCAUCCGGUGAACUGGUUUUUGAGGCAGUGGUUUGAGUCUGGGAGAGGAAUUUUGGAGGAAGGAUUGAGACUGUGUUCUCAUAUUGGAUGUGGUCGGGUGGAGAUGCGGCCGCAUGAGUUUCGGCGGUGUUCAGUUUGUGGUACGGUGAAUUACUGCUCCCGUGGUUGUCAGUCGCUCGACUGGAAACUACGGCAUAAAAUGGAGUGUUCGCCGUUGGAAGGUGGGUGGUUUGAAGAGAAUAAUGGCGGCGGUGGUGGUGUUGGUCCUUUAGUCGGUGGCGGCGGAGGCGGAGGAGUAAACGAGAACAAUGGGAAUGACGUGGCGGUCUAGAAGGGAGCAGUUUAUGGUAAAAGAAAAAAAAAAAGAGGUAUUAAAGAAAAUACUCUAGCUGUAUAAUUCAUGUAUGUACACAGCUGGUGGUGUAGUUUUUUUUUUUUUUAUGUUUUCUUGGUUAAAAGAUUAGUUAAAAUUAGCAUUAAUUGUUUGUAACAAUUAAAGAUCAGAAUUAAAGAUAAGAUGUUCUUGAUUCAAAAA